UGGUUUUCGGGGGGGGUGAGACCGACAACCGACUGCAUUCACCACCAGCAGCAGCAGCACACACCCCUCAGCACCGGUGAUGCGUCCCCGCGGCAAGGACACGGACAGCUCCUCGUCAGAGUCGUCUCGACUUUAGAAUGGUGAAGAAAUCUCUCAACGGCGGGGUUUACCCAACUCAAGCCGGAGAGAAGAAGCACAAAGUCGGGUUCGUUGGGUUGGACCCCGGUGCUCCUGAAUCCAGCAGGGACGGGGCGCUGCUCAUUGCGGGCUCGGAAAGCACCAAGCGGAGCAGCAUCCUCUGCAGACCCAGGUCCAGCAUCUCCACCGGGAGACCCAGACCGUCGAAGAAAAAUGCCAGCUAUCGGAAACUACAGAAUUUCCUCUACAAUGCGCUGGAGAGACCGCGGGGAUGGGCGUUCAUCUACCACGCUUAUGUCUUCCUCUUGGUCUUCUCCUGUCUCAUACUUUCAGUCUUUGCCACCAUCAGAGAGUUCAAAGAUAGCUCAGAGAGUGCCUUGUACAUCCUGGAAAUUGUGACCAUCGUGGUGUUUGGAGUGGAGUACAUUGUAAGGAUAUGGGCUGCUGGCUGCUGCUGUCGAUACAGAGGAUGGAGAGGGAGGCUAAAAUUUGCCAGAAAGCCUUUCUGUGUCAUAGACAUCAUGGUGCUGAUUGCCUCAGUAUCUGUACUGGCAGCUGGAUCUCAGGGCAAUGUUUUUGCCACCUCGGCCAUCAGGAGUUUGAGAUUCCUGCAGAUCCUGCGCAUGCUGCGUAUGGACCGCCGCGGAGGCACCUGGAAGCUGCUCGGAUCCGUAGUUUACGCCCACAGCAAGGAGCUCAUCACAGCGUGGUACAUAGGCUUCCUGUGUCUCAUCCUGGCCUCAUUCCUGGUCUACUCUGUGGAAAAGGAGUCAAAUGAUGAGUUCGAGACUUAUGCUGAUGCUCUUUGGUGGGGACUGAUCACCCUCACCACCAUUGGCUACGGUGAUAAGGUUCCCAAGACCUGGAAUGGGCGCUUGCUGGCAGCCACAUUCAGCAUGAUUGGAGUGGCCUUCUUUGCACUUCCUGCAGGUAUCCUGGGUUCUGGCUUUGCCCUCAAAGUCCAAGAGCAACACAGACAGAAACAUUUUGAGAAGAGACGUAACCCUGCAGCGGGCCUCAUCCAGGGUGCUUGGAGGUUUUAUGCUACCAACCUUUCCCGUACUGAUCUUUUAAGCACUUGGGAUUUUUAUGAGCAGACUGUAGCUGUUCCAAUGUACAGAAUUAUUCCACCUCUGAAUCAGCUGGACCUGCUGAGGAAUCUAAAGGGCAAAUCAUUCAGGAAGGAGUCUCAAACAGAAACCUCUCCAAGUAAUGAAAAUGCACACAAAGACAGACUUUGCGGGUGCUGUCCGAGAACUCUUAGUCGGAAGGCCAGCCUGAAGGACAAGGUGUUCCCCAGUCCUUCCAAGGCUCCUGUGGCAAAAGGGAAGCCCCAGUCUCCAGGGGCAGAGGACAGGACAGAGGCGAGUCCCAGCAAGGUCAGCAAGAGCUGGAACAACCUGGAGAACCGAGGGCCAAAGCACGCAUUCAGAGUCCGGGGCAGCACCUCGCGCCAAAACUCAGAGGUGCUGAUUGAAAUGCAGGACGAAGACUUUGGACUGAAGAGUUCUCCAGCAAUUGAAGGUUUAAUAAAGGCGAGUCUCCCAGGAGAGGAAAUUGGUGAUGAUAAGAGCUGCCACUGUGAGUUUCUCGCUCAAGACUUACCACCAGGCUUGAAGGUUACAAUAAGGGCAAUCUGCAUCAUGAAGUUUCUGGUGACAAAGAGGAGGUUCAAAGAGAGCCUGCGGCCUUACGAUGUCAUGGAUGUGAUCGAGCAGUACUCUGCAGGUCACCUGGACAUGCUGUCUCGCAUUAAGAACCUGCAGUCCAGGAUAGAUAUGAUUGUGGGGCCCCCUCCCCCAUCAACACCUCGCCAUAAGAAGUCCACUGAAGGUCCUAGAGUUGACCAGAUAGUUGGUAAAGGUGCUAAAGCUGAAGGAGAGGCUACAGAUGACCAGAGCAUGAUGGGACGUCUGGUCAAGGUGGAAAAACAGGUGGUCUGUAUGGACAGGAAACUUGAUUUCCUGGUCAAUGUGUAUGUGCAGCGUAUGGGUAUCCCUCGUUCAGAAACAGAGGCCUUUUUCAACUCCAAAGAGCCGUAUCCAGCCCCGCCUUACCACAGCCCAGAGGAGAGCAAGGUGGAGAAGGAGGAUAAAGAGGAGGUAAAAGAGGAAAAGGAGGUGAAGACAUGCUCUCCUGCAGAUGUCCCGUGUUCUGAUGGGUCUCUAGAAAAGAAAGAUCCUUUACUGGGUCGGUCUGUGGCGAUAUCGGUGGGUACUCCCUCUGGCAGCCACAGCCGUCCCUCUACCUCCUGGCAGCACCAGCUGCAGCAUCCCCUCAGCCAGCCCGCCUGGAACAGCAGCGUGGCCAACACCCCUUCACCAGUCGGUGGCAGCGGCGAUCAUUCGCCCACCCUGUUCCGGCUCCCGCCUCCACCUGCUGCUGUCCACGACCGAUCCUCCUCCGGCCCGGGUGGCAGUGGCAGAGAGAGCAGCUCCCAGGGCAGGAGGCGCCACAGGAGGCAGAGGUGUCAGCAGGAUGCCACCGCUGUUGAGAGUGACACGUCUCUAUCCAUCCCGUCAGUUGACCACGAGGAGCUGGAGCGUUCCUUCAGUGGCUUCAGCAUCUCCCAGGCUAAGGAGGACUUCUUUGGGCCUUCUUACUUUACAGGCUCAGGGGGGGCAGCUGGAGCAGGGACUGAAGCCGCAGCUGGACCCUCACUCUGUGCCAGGGUCAGACCCUUCAUAGCAGAGGGAGAAUCAGACACAGACUCUGACCUCUAUGCUCCCUCUCCUCUGUCCUUCACUGGAGAGGUCUCAUGUGGGGAGAGGGCAUGGCCAGGACUGAAGUAGGUCAGGAAAGGACUGUUCUGCCUGGAGAGAAGAGAUUGACGCUUCACUUGCCAACAGAAGACCUUUCAUGAGACCUUGUAGCCAACUAACUGACUGUUGAUGAUGCUAUUACAGACUAUUGUACGUUAAGUGAAUGGUUACGAUUAGGUGUUAGGUGUAUUGCUGAAGAUGGUUAAAAUAUUAAAACAAAGGGGUUGUUCUUUAUCACCUUUUUGGUUUGUGAUGUAACACUACAAGCAAUGCUUCAUUACAGUUGCAUUGUAUCCAUAAAGAUUUUGAUUGAAUAGGGGAAAAAAGCUAUCAAGGGACAUUUCUUUAACUUGUUGGGGACAUCUUUGUUGCAUUUAUUAGUAAUGAAAGGUACAUGAGAGUGUAGAGGUGUGAGAGACACAUAUUUUGUCAUCAAACUUAUACUUUUACAUUGAUUUUUAUGGAACAUACAAGAUAAAAUCACUUUAUUUUAUGAAUAGUGAGUGCAUUUCAACACUUCCACUGUUAUACCAACCACUUUCAAAAUAUAGUGGGAGUUAGUAAUGCAAGAUUGUUAAAAUCACAUUGGUUAGCAUAGUGUCUUGAUAACUUCUAUACCUUUGAAUGACUUGAGGUGUUAUGAUGCCAAAACCUUAGCUAUGAUAAUCAAUUAGAUUCUCGCAGUGUAAAAAAAAGUGCUUGCUUUUCAGCAUCAUUAAUUGGUGCCUGGUGUUUACUGAAUACUGCAGAAGAACUCCCCUCAAAGUAUUGCAGAUACUUCCCCGUCAAUAAACCAGUGAAACUACAGCAUGGCAUGUUAAAUGGUUGAUUUAAGGACUGCGUAACCACAAAACCAGACAACAGCUGCGAAAAGUCAGCAGAAUGAUUCCACGAUUGUUUUUCUUCUAUACUGGCAAACAGAGCGGUGAAUAAAACAUUAAAAAGUG